GAAGUUUGGUUCCCGCCACUAGAACCGUCGUUCUUGCAUUCGUGUUCCUGCACCAUUUAUGUUUCUUUGUCGUUGUCUGGAACUUGAGCAAGUCUGUGUUGCAAAUUUAACAGCCCUCGUUUACGGAUUGCUUAGGCAAAAAUUGUCAAAAUGGAGAUGGAGCUUUCUGAGGGAGCAUUGAAUACCAUCAUGAAUGGGGGGCAGGUUGACACUCCAAUUAUGCAGAUUCUGGGGAGCAAGAAAAUAUCGGGUGCUGGUGACAAUGAGCGUUAUCGCCUUUUGGUGUCCGAUGGUGUACAUGUCAACAGUUUUGCUAUGCUUGCCACUCAACUUAAUGAAAUGAUUCGUAAUGGUGAUUUGGCUGAUAAUACCAUUGUUCGUAUUAAGAGGUACAUCACAAGUGUUGUACCAAACUCAGGAAAAGGAGAAAAACGAGUCAUGAUCAUCCUGGAUGUGGAAGUUAUUGCACCGGGCAGUGAAGUAGGAAACCGUAUUGGCAAUCCAGUAUCAUGGACUGCUGAAGGGUCUGCUGCUCCCGCUCCCGCUCCCGCUCCCGCUCCUGCUUCCACUCCAGCUCCUGCACCAGCUCCAGCAGCCAGAGCUAGUAAUGGUCCAACUACCAAUGGCCGCAGCAAUGCCUCUGGUCCUGCAGCUGCUCCAAGACCAUCACCACAAAAACCAGCUUUUAAUGGAGGUAACCAAGGAGGAUUUGGUGGUGGCUAUGGGCAAAACAUCAGGUCUCCAAACAAAGCGAUGGGUGGCAUGGAGUUGACUGCUGACACUCCCACAAAUCCUAUUGCCAGUUUAACUCCGUACUCAAACAAGUGGGUUAUCAAAGCCAGAGUUACAGGAAAAACAAAUAAAAGGUCUUGGUCAAACUCCAAGGGGGAUGGAACACUGUUUUCAUUUGACUUAACUGAUGAAUCGGGUGAAAUCCGUGCUACAGCAUUUAGGGAGCAGUGUGAGAAAUUCUUCGAUAUGAUUGAAGUGGGCAAGGUUUACAAGGUUACAAAAGCUUCCUUAAAGACAGCCAACAAGAGAUUUACAACCCUUAACAAUGACUAUGAAAUGAAUUUCAACAAUGAAACUCAAGUCUUGCUAAUAACUGAAGAUGACGCAGCUGUCCCUCAAAUCAAAUUUAAUUUUUCACCCUUAAGUGAGAUUGAAACCAUGGAAGCAAAUCUUCCAGUGGAUGUUAUUGGGGUGGUGAAAUCAGUUGGAGAUCUUAUAACUUUUGUAGCUAAACAGUCCAACAGAGAAAUGAAGAAACGGGAUGUGACCCUUGUGGACAAGUCUAAUACAGCUGUCAACCUGACUCUAUGGGGAGAGCAAGCUGAAAACUUCGAUGGGAUGAACCAACCUGUCAUUGCUGUGAAAGGUGGAAAGGUGAAUGAAUUUGGUGGUGCAAAGACUGUAUCAGUCCCUGGAUCUGCACUCUUUCAAAUCAAUCCGGACAUGCCAGAGGCACACCAAUUGAAGGGCUGGUUUGAUGAUGAGGGCUCAUCUGCCAAUUUCAAAUCAAUCUCCAAUAGAACAGGGGGUGGUAGUGGUGGCAAUGAUGGCAUACUCCUUACAUUGAAGGAAGCGCGUGAACAAAAUCUUGGUAGUAAUGGAAAACCUGAUUACUUUAGUUGCAAGGCAUCUAUCAUUAUGAUCAAAACUGAAAAUGCAAUGUAUAACGCAUGCCCUGGAGAAAAUUGCAACAAGAAGGUCCUUGACCAACAAAAUGGCAAUUGGCGUUGUGAAAAAUGUAAUCAAGAAUAUACCCACUACAAGCCUCGUCUUUUGUUAUCGGUAAGUGUAGGUGAUUGGACAGAUCACUCAUGGGUCACCAUGUUCCAAGAAAAUGCAGAGUUAGUUCUUGGUAAAAGUUCUGAAGAAAUGGAUGAAUUGAGGAAAAAUAACCCAGAUGCAUAUCAACAAGUUUUCCAGCAAGCCACCUUCAAAUCAUUCACGUUUAGAAUGCGUUCCCAAUUACAAACCUACAAUGAUGAACAAAGGUUGAAGACUACUGUAUAUAUGGUGAAAAAGAUUGAUCACAAGGCAUACUGUGCAAGCCUGCUCAAACAACUCAAGGAAUUCUCUGGCAUGGGAACAGUUGUUAACUAAUUUCUCUCUUAUUGCAUUUUUGUUCUUUUCAUAUCAGUUUCCAAUUUAUUAUAGUCAUUAAUUUACUCUGUUGCCUUAAAAGAAAUUUAAUUAGCAUGUCUAGUUUUUUAGAGGCAAAGCAGCAAUCAUUUUGUUUUGUAUCUAUCCUAUGUUCAUUUCAUUUAUUAAUUUUUGAAUCCCAUGUCCAGUUUGGUGUAAAUUGUCCUGUAUUGAUGAUCGGUGAUAAUUAUAAUAUAUAUAAAGGUUCAUACACCUA